AUGGAAGUUGAUGAAGAUGACGAUUUCUAUGCGCCUGAGGAAAGCAUUCCCGAAAUUAGCGUGGAGUCCAACAAAUCUGAGCCAGUUCCUACUCCUAUCCUUGAGGACGGAGGCCUGGAGGAAGGAGAAGAGGAAGAAGACGAUGAUUCAGGAGAUUCAGAUAUUGAUAUCAUCACCGAGCGGAAAGAUGGUUCUAAAACUAUUCCAACGCCGUCUAAAUACAAUGAGAUACGCAGUAUUCCUCAGAGAGUCGCAUCAGGGGAAAUAUCAAAGCCAGGCAACAAAAAGGCGCAUUCUAAAGCCACUAUAAAUCCUCCUGAAGUAGACUUACCUGGAGUUUCCAUCUCUAAGAUUGAUGUAAAUGUAAAACCCGUGUACGAACCUGCUGGAAAGCCAAUCACUCAGGUGAACAUAGACGAAGAUCUACCUGAUAACGAAAAGCCAUGGCGACGUCCAGGAACAGAUAUAACCGAUUAUUUUAACUAUGGAUUCGAUGAGUUUUCUUGGGCUUUGUACGCUAGCAAGCAAGAGGCAGUUCGAUCAGAAUAUAAUGCAGACAAGAUUGCAUUGAACGGUAAGAAACUUUUCGAGGAUAUGAAUAUGAUGAUGGCAAUGGGGGCUAUUCCAUCCAUGGUUCCUGGUGCAACUGGUAGUGCCCAAUUACCUGGAAUGGAGGGUAUGGAUAUGCAAGCCAUGAUGCAGCAAAUGGUGGCUGCCGGUGUUGACCCAACACACAUGGACUCUGUGGCUAUGUUCGCCACAAUGCAAGGUAGUCAAGGUGGGGCCGCUGGUGCUACAGGAAGCCAAGGGGGCUUUGCCCAAGGCCAAAACCAGUUUGGAUUUGAUCAAACCAUGGCAAAUUCAGCCGAUGGUAGAGCUCGGGCGAACAACUCCGGGAGAGGAGGGCGUGGUAGACGGGGUUGGUGA